AUUCCUGUCCUGAGUGUGGAAAAUGUUUUUCAGAGAAGUCCAUCUUCACACAUCAGAGAUCUCACACGGGGGAGAAGCCAUAUUCCUGUCCUGAGUGUGGGAAAUGUUUUUCACAGAAAUCCAAUCUUCACACACAUCAAAGAUCUCACACGGGGAGAAAAGCCGUAUUCUUGUCCUGAGUGUGGGAAAUGUUUUUCACAGAAGUCCAAUCUUCACACACAUCAGAGAUCUCACACAGGAGAAAAGCCAUAUUCCUGUCCUGAGUGUGGGAAAUGUUUUUCACGGAAAUCCUAUCUUCACACACACAUCAAAGAUCUCACACGGGGGAGAAGCCGUAUUCUUGUUCUGAGUGUGGAAAAGGUUUUUCAGAGAUGUCCUGUCUUCAAACAUCAGAGAUCUCAUGCAGGGGAGAAAUCACUUUUCCUGUCCUGA